AUGGCUCCCAUUCCAAGACUUGCAUCAGCAGCUGGACCCUUGUCUAUCAUCACCAGCGCACUCUUCGGCGCAUUCUCCGGACCCAACAGCUCACCCCCAACUAACGGCUCCGCAGCUGCUGUCUGGGACACAAAGUACACCGGUACUGCUUCCUUCUUCAACCUCACCACCGACACUACCCCCGCCUCUCUCAUCGCAUCACCAACCAGCUCCAAAGCCAACUCUACCACCGCCCCCACAUCUCCUUCUCUCGUCUAUUUCAACACUGCAGCAAACACCUUCACUGGAUGCGACAACGCGACCUUUUACGGGACCGAUAAUGUCGCUUUGAUCAACCCCCUCCAAUUCGGCAACGUCUCCUCAACCAACUCGACCUGCGGCCAAUGGAUCCAAGUCUUCAACCGUGUCAACACUGACGAGUCCAUCUAUGCCAAGAUUGUCGGUGUCUGCGAUGACUGCGAAUACGGCUCGGUCGCCCUCAACCGUGAGGCCCUCGAGGGUCUCUCAUACGAGACCCCCUUUGAGUUGAUGGUCUUCGAUGACGAGUCGGAACUCACCAUUGGUAACUUGACCGAUCCUUCGAACCCUCUUGAUCCUGCCACCAACCCGAUCUCGCCCAAGAACUUGCUCAACAUUGUCUGGAACCUGUCAAAGCCUCCCAAGCCAGACCCUGCCUCCUCCUCGGUGACCAACCCCCAGCCCACCAAGACUACUCCUGCUGCUGUUCCCGCUACUACUACCGCUACCACUACUACCAAGAUAACUACCACGACAACUACUAAGACAACUACCACGACUACCUCCAAGUCUACUCCCAAGCCUACCUCGAACCCUGGCAGUGGCACCUGGUAUACUGGUCGCGCUACCUGGUACUCUGACACCCACGGCCAGUGCGAGCACAACUACUCUCAGUCCGAUAUGAUUGUCGCGGUCAAUGAAGCUCAAAUGGGCGGUGGCACGAAGAUUUGCGGCAAGAAGAUCCUGGUGACGGAGAAGGGUUCCAACACCCAGGUCGUCGUCACCGUCGUCGACAUGUGUCCCAGCCAGUACUGCAACUUUGGAGACCUCGAUCUCUCCCAGGGUGCCUUCAAGAAGUUUGCUGGCCUCGGCGUCGGUGUCCUCAAGCUCACCUGGCAGUUUAUCUAA